GGCAGAGGGUAGCUUAGACUUAGGCUCUACACCCAAACCCACAAUCGGUUCUGUUGCAUUAUUCAUGCUCUUCUUCCACCGCUGCGACGCUGAAGCAACGGGAACGAGAGGCACCAGCACCACCAUCAACAUCAUUCGACCCAUGGAAACGAAGAUGACGCUGCGCUUAGUCAGCAUAUUAUCGGCGGCGGCAUUACUUUUCCUCUGGCCCGCACAGCUGGAUGCAUUUAUCACACCGAAUACAGGCUGCCAUCACAAUGGCACUUGGUUCGCUGACAAAUCGGUGGUGCCCAGCAUGGAGAAAUGCCUCAGCUGUCAGUGCAAUCGCAAGACGCUCGUCUGCCGCCUCAAGGUCUGCCCGGAGAUGCCCAUGCCACCGCCCAGGGGCUGUGUGGUAGUCCAAAAAAAGAGCAGCUGCUGUCCAUAUUUGAGCUGUGCGCGACUCGAUGCGUUCUACAAGAUACCCACAAAGCGACGCAUCAUCGCCUACUUGGAUCACUAUGAGCGGGAGUCCAUAGAUCGCGUGGUCAAUGAUAAUAUGCUGCAGCGAAGAUCCGAUGAUUCGGAUACGGAUUUGUUUGUUUGUGUCAAAAAUGGAACUGUGUACAAGUCGGGCUCGGCCAUGUCCUCAUCGAAUUUGUGCAGCUAUUGCUAUUGCAUAGGCGGCACCGAAAAGUGCGUCAAGCCCAAGUGCAUGUUGCCUGUGGAUGGCUGCAAACCGAUUUUCGUGGACUCCACCUGCUGCCCCGUGCGCUAUGACUGCAGCAGCAAGAUGUCCGGCAAAUCCUCGCAGGAGGUGCGCUAUCGCAAGACCUCCAAUAAGCACUUCCAGCGCAUGUCCCAGCGCCUGCAGCGGAAUCGUGGCUGCACCGUCGGCUCCCAGUUCUAUGCGGAGGGGCAGAAGAUGCGCUCGGAUGUGGACAGGCCGUGUGACAUUUGCUUCUGCAUACGCGGCACACGUCGCUGUGCACCCAAAAAGUGUUCCCCAGCGCUGAAGAACUGCAUUCCGGUGGUGCCCAAGGGACAGUGUUGCCCCUCCAGCUAUGAUUGUGGCAGCCAGCGGGAUUAUCGCAGGUCGCACAAUUCGCGGCAGUUUAAUCUGUACAACAUGCUCUUUGGCAAGGAGGAGCAGGAGGUGGAGGCGGUGGCCAAUGCAGCGAUAAUACCACAAAACUCCAUGGCCGAACGCUAUCCACACGAUCGUCAUCCCACAAGAGGGACGGUGGGGGAUCCUCUGGAGGCCAGCAGCGAGAAGAGCAUUUUGGAUACGCUGCGUGACGGCCUGGAGUUCAUCGAUGGCAACAACAACAAAAUGUUGGCCAAUAAUCUCGAUUUAGUGGGGAUGAGAACCACAGCCGCUCCAGCCACCACGCGCGAAGAGUCCACAGAGGAGAUUAGCAGCUCGACGACGGCGCUGAGUUUUCUCGAUUUGCUCUUGGGUCCCAGCACAGAGAGCGGGCCACAAACGCCCCCAGAAACUACUACCACCAAGAGCACACUCUCCUGGAUGGACAUUCUCCUCGGUCCCGAUGAGGAGGAGCUGCCACCGCUCACCGAAUCCUACGUAGAAUCCAGCACAGUCUCGAGCCAACCGGAGGAACACACCUCAACCUUAAGCAGCAUCAAACGCAUUGCAGACGACUUCGAUGAGCAGAUGGACAGUGCAGGCAUUGCCGUGGGCGAACUGCCAGCCGAGGCGCAACACAUGGGACUGACCAACGCGGGCAUUUGGCCGAGUCCAAGCCAAGAGAUUGAGCCACCGCCCAAAGAGGAGCCCAGUCUGCUGAAUGUCUUCAUGGAUGGACUGUCGGGCAUGCUGGAGGAAACCAAUAAUGAGACCAGCACAACAACAACAACUACUAGAAAACCAACAACAACAACCACAGUGCGACCUGCGCCCAUGUUCCGUCCACUGCCUAGCCACAAGCUGACCCACAAUCGCAUCAACUCGAAGCUGGCAAAUCUCACAGUGACACCGCCCAUGCUGGUGGUGACCAGUAAGUAUGGACAUCAUGUGACACACAGGCUUAGCACAACAACCACAAGACAACCAACCUCAACAACAACAACAACCACCAAGAGAGCCACAACAACAACCAAGAGAGCCACAACCACAGCAAAGCCAACGCCGGCGCCGACAACAGCGAAAUCGAAGCCCAAAACGACGCGAAGAACAGUGACAGCAACCAAGGCCACAACAACAACAACAACAACCGAGAGACCCGCAACAACAACAACUGAGAGACUCACAACAACAACAACUACUGAGAGACCCACAACAACAACAGCGAUCCCAACAACAACACUGAGAACCAACAACAAAUCGAAAUCCAAGCCCAAAAUCAAAGCGCCGCCGCCAUACAUCACGAGCACCUCGAAACCUUUGGAAAUCAAAACGAAUCCCACAAUUUUGGAAGCGGAACCGAUGGACUCCAAUGGGGAGCCCACCCUGCCGCCCAGUCUGCCCAAUCUGAAGAUCAUUCCCUUUCUGCCAACGGAUGCCGUGGAAACGGUGCCACAGGAGAGCGGCGGCUACCCGAGCGGCGGCUUCUAUCAGAAUCCCUCGCAAAUAGCCUCGGAUAAAAUGGAUGUUGUGAGCUAUGAAACCGCCGACGAUGCGGUACAGGUGGCGCUGUAUGCCCAACCAAACCCCGAUCAGGCUGCCUACAAAUACAAAUUCAAUGUGGAAGUGCCUGCGGUGGAGCCAGCGCCCGAGCCUGUCGUGCAUGUGGGUGGACAGUAUCAGGGCAGCGCGGCAUAUGUCAAGUUUGACUUUGAUCAGCAGGUGGUGCCGCCAGCACACAGCGGCUUCUCGCCACCCACCGAGACGGAGGGUGGCUUUAUGCCCAAGGAACCGCUGGUCAUCGAUGGCGAAGUGCUGCAGGAGCAUGUCACGUCCAGUGUGCUGAAUGCUCUGGCCGAUAGCUAUCAUGUGACGCAGCAUAUAAUCGAUAUAACAACGGGGGGAGGGGAACAAGCCAACGAUACUUCAGCGAUAGAAAUUACCACACCAGAUCCCUUCAAAGAUGUCAUUCACACAGAAACGCCGCCCAAUCUGGACGCACUAAUCGAGGAUAAAGCGAACAAGCAACCAAUUGAAGAACACAUUGAAACCGUCACUUUCAGCAUCAGCAACUCAACAGUCAGUGCCUCCACAUCCUCCUCGGGCUCCUCCACAACGGAAAAGCAACUACCGCUCAUAGAUAAAUUCGAAAUCAAUAAAUUAGAUAAGCUCUUGGAUGAGCUGCUGGGCAUGGAGCUGCCUAAGGCAGCAGCAUCGGCAGUUGUCAGCAGCACUGUUCCGCCCUUAAAGCAGAUGCCAGACAAGAGUACACAGCCGACAACAACGACAACAACAUCCCCUACAUCCCCAACCACAACAACGAUAAGCAGUACAACGACAAACCCCACCACCAGCACCAGUACCAGUACCAGCACCACAGCACGACCAACGACAACGACACGUGGCACAAACAAAAAGGGCAACAGUAAAACGAAAACCAAACAAUCUACGGGCAAUAGACGCAAUCCGGGGCCAAGUAGAACCAAAAUCCAAACAGCCACGCGUCGAACUUUGGUCAACAAGAGUACGAUGCCAGCAACAGUAACGCGGGUAACCACACGAGUGCCCCAAACAACAACAACAACGACAACGACAACAACGAGGGCUGCAGAGGAAACUACAACUAUAGCAGCAGCAGCAACGAGCACUAUGCAUCCAUUUUUAAAUUCACCAUUCGACAAAUUACCGUUCAUGGACACCAGCUAUGAGGUGAGACCGCACAGAUUGCAGCCGCAGCAGCAGGUCGAGCCAACGGAGCAACAAUUCCACCAUUACCAGCAUGCACCGAGUACGACACCCACACCGACAACAUCCACAACAGAAGAGACUCCACGCUCAGCAGAGAGGGAGAGAGAACGGGAGAGGGAGCGUGAGCGGGAGAGGGACAGAGGAAGCAGCGAUGAGAGCCCCAUGGAUCCCAUGGGCAUGCUGAAACUGGCAGGAUGCAACAUUUAUGGCCGCAUGUAUCGCGUCGGUCGGAUUAUCGUCGAAUUAUCCAGCCAAUGCCUGGAAUGCAAGUGCACUGAAGUGGGGGUCAAGUGUGGCCCAUUAGACUGUUAAUUUACAACUUAAUUUAGUGUUUAGAUUUUAGCAUUUGGAAGCUUAAAAGUUUAAAAGUGAACAUCCCCCGCGAGAGUGUAUGGCAGUUAAGUUCAGUUCAUAAAGUCCGUCUGUAAGUUGUAUUGGUAAUCCAUAGCUGGUAGCUAAUUAAGGGGUAGAAUAAGCGUAACUACUAAAUUGU